CACAACACGCGCAUAGCGUACUAUAACAUUCCUCGUAAAUGCAAGAGCUGCUAAGAAAUCUACUAGAGUUUUUUUGGUUUGCGGAUGAUAGAUGGUGUGUUUAAACUUCCUGAGAUGUGACAUCCUGAUGUAACGCGUAGCAUUCUAUGACGCGUCUGCCGUAACAUGCAUCGCAUCUCAAAGAUUGAGUCCAGCCGCAGCGCAGUCGUCACGUGAUCAAGAUACACGCUAAGCGGGAAUCUAUCUCGAACCAAUCACCGCUCGAUAAGCGCCGACAAGGUCUUGGCAGAACGUUAAUUUUUCUUACCACCACCCCAAAGAUUUCUUGGGUUUUGAUGAUGUGAACUCGACAUAUCCCCCGUCCGAAACACGAAGAACUUGUUUUUUUUCUCAACUUCCAGCGUCCCACUGUGCCACGAGAGGAUCGUUAGGGAUAUUGUCGAACGGAAGAGCGAUUUGGAGAAGAUGUCGUCGAUUCGGAAUGCCGUGCAGCGGCGCAAUCACAAGGAGCGCGCGCAGCCCGAAGAGCGCGCAAAAUGGGGGUUACUGGAGAAGCGAAAGGACUACAAACUGCGGGCGGCCGACCACCGCGACAAGAAGAAACGCAUCAAGAUCCUCAAGGAGAAAGCGGCGGAGCGCAACCCGGAUGAAUUCUCGUUUGCGAUGCUGAAUGCUUCCGUCGAUAAGUAUGGGAGGAAGGUCAAGGAGCGAGGGAAUACCACGCUCGGCCAGGAUGUGGUCAAGCUGCUUAAAACGCAGGAUGCCGGGUAUAUACGCACGAUGCUGCAGAUGGUGCGGAAAGAGCGCGAGGAGCUGGAGCAGAGGGUGGUGUUGGCGGACGAGGAGGUGAAGGUGCUGAGGGAUGGGGGUGGAAAGAAGGCGAGGCAUACGGUGUAUGUGGGGGGUGUUGGGGAGCAGGAGGGGUUUGAUGAGGAGGCGUGGUUUGGGGUGGGUGGGGAGUGUCCUUCGUGGAAUAGGCGGAGGAAGAGUGAGGCGGGUGGGGAGGAAGAUGGGGAUGCGGGAGAGACGAAGAAGAUGUCGAAGAAGCAGGUCGAGGCCAAGGCGCUCAAGGAGAAGGAGGAGCGGUCGUUGAUGAGCAAGCGGGCGAGACUUCAGCACAGGUCGGCUCUGCAUCUCGAGGCGGUCAAGGCUCGCGAGCGCGAUCUCGUGGCUGCACAGGAAGAACUGGAGAAGCAGCGGGCCAAGAUGAACAAUACUGUGGGCGGGACUAACAAGCACGGCGUCAAGUUCAAGCUGCGCGAGAGGAAACGAUGA